CAGGUCACUUAUAAACGUCUGUAGACCGCGCAGAUCGAGCCCAUAGGGCGCCCUGCUGGUUUAUCGGGAGUCUUCACCUACACCUAUAUUGACUGGUCACAAACGGACCAGAGUGCUGUAGCUGCCCCUAUCCCAUUGCACCUAGUGGGAGUGUUGACCAACAACACCCAGCUGAUGGAGGCGUCAACCAGCACUGAUAUUCCUGCCUCAGACACUUCUCUUGUGCAAAAUGAGAUAUAUGACAAGUGCAUGAAGGUGUAACUCAAGGAUCAGAGAUGUUCAGUGACUGGCCAUCAGAACUAGUGCCUCAGCAAGGAUGGGGUGAUGAAGCUGCUAUAAGUGCUUUUAAGGAUGCAAUACCAUGGACUGUUGGGCGAGACUUUGUGGCAGGCACUGCCAAACACCUUGCUGGAAGUCUAGGCCUUACCAAACCUGGACCUCCUAUUAAAAGCAAGAUUAUACAUGAUAAACAGCUGCAAGUUUUAAUGCCUGCUCUUGGGCAUGGAUUGAGCUUCCCACUCUCAGAGAUAGACAUCCUGCGAGACUGUGUGAGUGUCUAUUGUGAAUGGCUCUCGGCACUUCUACCAAACCCCAAGAGCAGUGUUCCUGGCCCAAUUCUUAAUGAUCCAAAUCACUAUGCUAGAAUAAUAAUUAAUCAUUUUUACUAUCUCUUUGUUCCGAGAGGAGCACAAGGACCGGAUGUCAUAAAUCGGCAGGCGGUUUUGUGUCAUCGAGUACUUCGUACAUUGCAGAAUAUUGCACAAAAUUCUCCCUGCCUUAGUGAAGACACAUGGCAGACAUUACUUUUGUUUCUGUUGCAUAUAAACUCUGCACUAUUGUCUCCUCCAACCAUCAAAGUUCCAGAUGAGAGUGAGGGUGCACCCAGUUCCACUCUAAGUCUAAACUUUACUGGAGAUGUGCCUGAGGAUGCCGGAGAACAGUUGUGUGAACGUGUGUUAAGUGUUCUGUUUGAGACCUGGCUUCUGGCCUGUGCUCGCUGCUUCCCUCCGCCACCUCUCUGGAAUGCAUUGAGGGAAAGUUGUCAACGAUGGCGUCACCGUGUUGGGCUCAUUGACCAGUGGAACAGAAUAAACUUCGCAUUGACGCGUAAACUUAUUGGUUUUAUGUAUGGACCCACCUUCCCUGAAAUUAUGAUAUCUGCUGAAGAUGACCUUAAUAUUAUUCCUACAAACAUGAGCAGAGACUGCAUUGCACAAGUCUGGUACCGUAUUUUACAUAUCAUAGGAAACCCAGUGGAUCUGAGUCGGCAUACUGUCAUCAGCAAAACACCAGCUUUCCUCAAGUAUGCUAUCUCAUCGGCCCUGGUGAUUGAGCCCAGCCAGCAUCCUUGUCUCCAGAUGUUGCCUUCUAUAUUCCUCUCUGCAAUGAAAGGAGUAUCAGGAUUAGUGGAUGCCUUCUUAGGUGUUCCCAACACAUCACUAGAUACUCUCAAUCAAAAAGGUCGGCAAAUCUCCCCAUCAUCUUCAUUUUCUUUGUCUUCAGAGAGUAAAGAUGAUGCUUCACGGUUUCUGGCAAGUGGAAGACCCAAAUGCAAUAGUAUUUUGCAUCUCUUUGGCCCUUGGUUGUUUGAGGCUGCUCUAAUUAAUUGCAAUUUACAAGCCAGCCCAGGACCACAGCAUAAAUCAGAUGUAAGCGGGACUGCCAGUAAUGUCUCUCGGAGACCCGUUUCUGUGUUUGGUGGGGAGAGCAAUCGAAAAUCCAGUGACUCCUUAACACAAGGAGAUUCCCAUGCUGAGCGUCUCGCAAAUCUUACUCCUCAGCACUUCCAGAGUGGGAGAGCUGAGGCCCUUGGGGCUCUCUGCAGAAUAUUUUGUUCUAAAAAAACUGGCGAAGAAAUUUUGCCGGUAUACUUGGCACGUUUCUACAUAGCUCUGCACCAAGGUCUCCGCCAGGUUGAUCAUGCUCUUCCUGCUCCCCACCAUGAUACAAGUCAGAGCUCUUCUAACCGUAGUCAUGGGAUGAGGACUGGUAUAUGUAGUGAGACUGCAGCAAGCAUCCUGAUGAAUGGAGUGGAUUUGUUUCGUCUGGAUCUGCAGGGUGUGGUCAGCUUGGUGCCUAGUGUUUUGGGAGUGCUGGAGUGUGUUCUGCCAGAAGGAGAGCUCACAGCUCCUUCCCAUCUUCCAGUGACCCUCCUGCGACGAGCAGCCACUCAUGUACUGCUAUCCAUUCUUCCUUUGCCCCUUCACUUCCAGGGAUUACAGGUAAAGGAAGUUGGUAAUAACAGUGGUGAGAGACUGUCCCUGUCACACCUUCGUCCCCAACUUGUCAACCUUCUGACAAAUGCUCUUCAGUUGGAGACUGACCCAGCUAACACUCAGAUGUUGUUAGGAGGACUACUCUUCUGUGUACAAGAUGCUGCUCUGUGUGAAGUUAUGGAUUCCAUUUCUCAACUUAACUUUUCAACAGACCGAGACCACAACAUUAUGUCUUCUGGUGCCUCUGACACAGUUAGUUCGCAUGGUGACUAUAACAGCCUUCUGGACGAGAGCUGCGAAACCCUGCCAGAGGGGAGUCUGGGCCAAGUUGGCUCCCCAAACUUCAUCGGUACAUCCACUAGCCAUGCAACCUUGCCGAGUACUACAGAGAGCGAAGUUCAGCCAGUUUUAGAAGAUUCUGAUUCAGCACAUGCCUUGUUUGUGCGAGCAAUUUACCUUGUGUGUCACCGGCUCAUCUCUUCAUGGAAGAGUGAUGUUAAUGUUUCCUUGGCUGGCUUGGAGCUCCUCUCUGGUUUGGCACGUCUCAAUAUUGCAGAGCAAGAUGGGUUAGAGUGCAAGCGCGCUGUGAAGUGGCUGUGUGACUACAUAGCUUAUCAGUGUUCAAGACCUCCACGGGCACAUUCUAAGGACCUGCACUCGACUAUUGUUGCAGCUUUCCAUUGUGCAAGUGUGUGGUUAGUGGCUCACCCUUACCUUCUCCAAGACAAAGAAUGUCUUGCAACUGUACUGGAAGUUGUGGAACUUGGCAUCUCAGGAUCAAAGUCACAGGUUAAGUCCAGUGAUGCCCCUCGUCUGAAACACGAGAAAGAACUGAAGCCUGCCAGUAUGCGAGUGCGAGACUCUGCUGAAGCUUUGCUCUCCUGUGUGCUCUCUCAAGUUGGCACUUUUCCCUCUGUGUGCGGUGCCGAGUCAUUAUCAUCGCUACUGGAUGAGGUGACACUUCUGCGUCACUGCAACACCUGGGGCGGCUCAGACCAGCUCACAAGAGACACAGCAGCUCAACAUUUUCGCUAUUUUGUUGCCCAAAACUCAAUUAUGUUGGCCCUCUUAGAACAACCCCUGGGCAAUCAUCAAGAUCCUCAGCCGACAGUAACCGCACUCAUCCGUGGGCCAUUUGGUAGGGUGGCGUGGACCAUGCAGCUGCGUCACUUACCCAGGCAUAAAUCAUCGGCAAAGCUUUACACUGUUAACCCAGGACGUCCUUUGCCUAUGAAUGAUGUAGGAAUUAAGCACAAUGUCAAGCCUAAAUACUUCCCAGACAGUGUUGACCGCAUUCCUCUUUGCAAAGCGGACAAAUCUAUUCCUUCGUUGGAGAGCGUGAUCCUGAAUGACGAAAAAUCUGCAGUGGAGCAUGAUAAACUAUUACAAAUAUUGGACCACCAGAUUGCAUUUGAAGAGAACACUCGACGAGAGGUUGAGAGAGAGACAUCCGAGUACCCAGAUGUUGAAACAGAGUGUGUGGCCCCACCCCUCUGCUUAGAAUUUCAGACAGCUCGUCUUUUACUCUCUCACUUUGGAUUUUUAUCUAUUGAUGCAUUGCAGGAAUCGGUAGAAUCUGCAGUGCCAUCUUUAGUUGCUUUGGACUCUAGCAUGGCGGGAUUUGCUCGAGAUCUCGAUGUUCUUGAUACUACAAACAACCGAACUGUGGAUACUGCACACAUCUUUUAUGUUCAAGCUGGUCAGAGUGUGCCACAUGACAUUCUCACUAAUGUGGUGAGCUCAAGUUCCGUACAUCCUCAUUUCAUAGAGUUUUUGAAUGGUUUGGGUUGGACGGUGAGUGUUCACCAGCACCCUGGGUGGACCGGCCAUGUCUCGACUGCCUUCACAGUUACUUCACCACCACAAGAUGGUCCCAUUGAGCCCAAUCAUGGUGGCAGUGGCUUCAAUGGACGGUCACACGUUUUGUACUGGUCUGAUGCCCUGAGUGAGAUAGCCUUUGUUGUGCCAGCACCAUCUCUCGGUAACCCUUCUCCAGGUAGCCAACCACCCAGCACAGCCAAUAUCAGUAUGGUUGGCUUUGUUCUUGAACAAUGUGAUCGAGGUAGUGGUGGUGGUGGUUCUGGCAGUGAACGCUCAGACUCGCUUCCUCCUUAUGAUGGAGAUGUAGAUGCUGGAUCAUCAAUUUCCUCGCAUACUUCCCAGAUGUCAUAUGGUCAUGGAAGUGAAAACAAACAUCGCAAAUUUGGUCGUCAAACAAGUGCCAUAUCCUGCAGUGAUCACAAAGUGUACAUAGUGUGGAUGGAGAGUUUUGAUGAUUGUUACACAUUCCCAGCAAUUGAACUGCUGCCAGAGACUGUGACAGGUUUGGAAUCCAGCUCAUGGAAGGACAAAGAAGCUAAUAUAUAUAUCAUCUUCAUACAUGCUCUUGCUAAUGGCCUUUUUAGAAUUAAACUUCAGGGACAGAAUGCAAAAUUAAACAUGGCUGGGCCACUAGUGGAUGGACAGGUGGUGAGCAGAAGAGUUCUUGGCACACUUGUUAGACAGACGGCCAUAAAUAUGUGUAGGCGUAGACGACUAGAGAGCGACAGCUACCAACCUCCUCAUGUUCGGCGUAAGUUGCGUAUUCAGGAGAUGGUGCAGAAAUACAGAUAUGAGAUGAAUGAGCCAGAGUUCUACACCCACCUGUUUACCAGUCCUUUAUGUUAGAUAUAUCACUUAUUUAAUUGGACUCAUCGUGGUUGGAUGUAUUUAUCAGAGAACAGUAUUUAUUAUUUCUGUAGAGCAGUUGUGAACUUUAAAGUGCUCUAUAUAUAUAUUGUAAUUACAUAAGAACAUCCCUGUUUAGUAAUGUAGAUUAUUUGUAAUUCUUCAGGUAUAAAAUUUACGCAUGGAGAUUUAUAUUUUACAAACUGGGAUAUAUGUGCAUAAUUAAUUUCAUGUAUCUAUGGUAAUUAGUAAUUAUAAAUGUAUAUUUAUACUGUACAGUAAUUCAUGUUAUGUAAUAUAAGUAAAUCAGAAUACACAUCCUGAUAAUGCUUAGCAUCAGAAGCUAUCAAAUAUACAAAAAUAUGUAUAAAACAUAGUGAAGUGUAUUUACAUGUUGCUAGUAAAAUGGUAAUACCAAAGAAUAACUGACUUCAGCUAAUUAGCCUUUUGUUGAAAGUCCAUGUAGAAGUGUCUAUGCAUAGAAAAUCUAUGCAUUCUGUUUUUCUCUGGAAACAGAAAUACUCUUGGUUCUCCGUAUAUUAACUAUCUCGAUUGUUAUAUAUUGUGCCUUGCCUUAUAUCACCUUAUUACAAUUACACAAAAUACUGUAGAAACAUUAUGUGCUGAAACCUUCGUGGCAGUGUAUCCGGUAACCACAAAUUUGUACUCCAUAUAUUUCUAUUUAAAAAUAUUUAAACUAUGAGAGUUAUAACUUAAAUGAUAAACACAUGUUUAUCUUUUAAUAUAAUGUACAAUGUAAUAUACAAGAGCAGAAUGCCAUUAUGUAUCUGCUAUGUACAAUAUUUGUUAUGUACACCUAAAAGAUAAGUGUACUACAGUACAUAUACACCUUGUUUUUGGCUGGCAAAGCUUAGAAGUGUUACUGGCCUUUACUGAAAUAGUGGCAAGUAGUAAUACUUGGACAAUUACAUACAUUCCCCAAAGGCUGCCCCCCAGUGAGUGAUAUGUGAUGGUAACAAGUGACAUUAGUGCACUUUUGGCUGGCUGUGUUAGUCAAUCAUUCCAUGUAAGUUAGGGUACAGUUUAACAUAAUAUACUUAAUACUGUAGUUUAGAAUAUUACAUAGACUUUAUAAGCUAUUAUAAUUUUUUUUAAGAAACGCUAAUAAAUGAGAAAUUGUUA